AUGGCAAUGAUGACAACAACGGAUAUGACUACAAUACCAUCAAGGAAUUCUCAAAUGCGUUCGCAAUAUAGUGUUGCUGAUGAACGACAGAUACAACCAUAUCAACAUCCAGGAGGAUAUCAAGCAUGGGCAGCAGAAGGAUCUAAAGAACCGUUUGUUUCUUCCAAUAUCAAUCGAAAUGAUUCAGUAUCAUUUAAAAAAUAUCUUACAACAAAAUGUGUAAUGUCCUUUCUUAUUGGUUUUAUUAUUUGUGGUAUUCCUUUGGCUAUUAUGGGUGCUUUGUAUGCACAAAAAAUAUCAUCUAAUUCCAGUUCUGGAAGUUCAAAUCCUACUAGUUCAACAAAUCUUCCUACACAAUGCACGUCAUACACAUCCAUUGCAGAUACAACACGUCUUACAAGUUACACAUCAUGUGUUAGUUGCUUCUGGGAUAUAAGCCCAUAUUUUAUGGCAGGUUGGUAUAGAUUUAUUGCUCCCGGUGGUACUCAAAUGCCGGCAAUGCCUCCGAGUACUGGAGCUUGUGGUGCUGCAUGGCCAACUUGGUACAAUGGUACUUAUCCAUCGACUUCUGGCUCAACAGUAUCCAGUGCAGUUUGUGCACAGGCUAGUGGUACCUUAUGUCAUCCGUCAUAUUACAUGCCAGUGUCUAUUACAAAUUGUAAUGGUUAUUACGUUUUCUAUUUAACUCCGGUGUCUACAACCAAUAUCAGAUACUGUGCAUCAUUUUAA